CUGGUGGCGGCUCGGUCCCGAAACCCGAUUGAGACCAUGAAGGUGUUGAUCCAGCAUGGCGCCGCUUUGGAUCGGGGCGAUCAUAAUGGUACGACAGUGCUUCAUUUUAUUUGCGAGCAGUACUCGAACCCCGUGGAGGCUAUUCAGUUCUUGACCCGCGCGGGUGCGGACUGUAACAGUCGAGAUGCGAAGAAGCGUACGCCGACACCGUUACACUAUGCAAUUAUGCACAGUAAGGAGCCUGCGCCGGUCAUGGAGCUGCUGCUGAAGAAAAACUCGGACGUGAAUGCGCGUGACUGGCGCAAGUCGACGCCGCUGCAUCUUGUGCUGGAGAAGAUGGAUAACGAGGAGAUUGUCCAGAUGCUGUUG